AUGUACGGGCGCGUGACACUGCUCUAUUUACGACUUGGCCGCUCGCACGGAGCCAUAAGGCGGCUGCGCGGUACACGCGGUGAGGCCUUCGAGGCUACCGGCCCUGCUGAUUUAUUUAAGGGCAACCCAUUCGCCAGGAGACAAAUUGCAGCCGAUGUGAGCGCGGAUAAGCCGCGGCUCUACAACUACAACAAGAUAAACAUUUCAAUCGGACGCACGUCAGUUUCCAACGUUGCAAAU